AUGGGGUUCAAGGGGGGGCGACCAUCGCCGGUGGCGAGUGAACAUAGGCGGACUACUGGUCAAGUGCGGCACAAUAUGAAUCAUCCAAACUUUGUGGGUAAGGUUGCCGAGGCCAGUAUGUACAAACUCACCCCGAGCUCAGUCAACUUUGGGCGGAUCGCUCUGUGCUCGCCUAAUGUUGUGUUUAUAAACUUGGCGUCGUCCAAGGCCGGUUUGCCUAUUACGAUACACCAGAUUCGUACUAAGGAUAACCAGUUUCAGGCCAUAGCGGAAAAGGAGGAGAAUAGUGGACAGACGCUGAUCCGUGUCAUGUUUCUUCCCAAGGUGUUCGGUUACGUCGAAGGCCAGUUGCUGAUACGAACUAAUAUCGGGGAUAUCACGAUGAAAAUGCAAGGCGUAGGUAUCCGGUCACCAUACAAGGUUAAACCUAUACGAGGCUGGACCAUGCCAUUGGGUGUUGACGUGUCUGGGCCUGCAAUCACGUUGUAUAAUCCACACAACACUACGCUACACGUGGUUGAGAGCUUCACGAUAGGCCAAGGUCUAGAGCUAGAAACCAACCCAUCAGACCUAUACAAAACCCACGAGACUUGGUCAGUGUGGUCCAUACAUCCAUACCAGUGGAAGGAGAUCGCAUUCAUGCGAGUUCCGCUUGAUAUGGUGGGGCUGCAUAAUGGCUAUGUUUCUCUGAGCCUUAUGCGGGCUACAGACGCGGUCAAGGGAGAUCAGAAGUCGCGCUCUGCAAUGCUCGGAGGUGAUUUGGAGCCACCUGCAGCUGGUGAAGAUGAUGCGAACACCCAGGAAGCUGACUCUGAGUACGACGGCAGUGACUACGAUAUUGAGGAUGAUGUACAUGUGUUCCCGGAAGUGGAUGGCUGGGACGACUUGGGCGAAAACGAUUUUUACGAUAGCGAGGAUAGUGCUGAUCAGCCGGACUGGAGUCUGGGCGACUUCGAUUUCCUAGAGUCAGAUCAGGGAUCUGAAGGAUUGGUCGGUGAUGAUGCUUUACAAGACGCUAACACGGAUCCCGAUGAAGUUAAUGCUGAUGGUACAGAAGAUGGCAGCGCCAGCGACCGUACGAAGAAUACAAAAGACCAAUAUCGUGGAGGCGUUAAGACGUUUAUGAAAAUCCCGCUUCUCAUCCCAGUCGAGAUCAACGUAGUGGCAUCCGGAAUGAUCUGUAUAGAUCGAGCAAUCGAUUUCGGUACAAUCAACGGAUUGAAUGAGCCCAUUUCAAGGCCUAUUCCAAUCAUCAGUACGGUCGUUCCUGCCACCACUGUCAAGAAUGUUUAUCUUAAUCAAGCGAUUACGGGUGCACAUGUGUGGUACAAAGAUACCGAGCUUCAUCCGGACGUCGUCUCAGUUGUGGGGUGGCUUACCGUCACACCCACCACAAACGGCAUCUUCGGGGGGUUCGUGGUUGUGGAGACAGACAAUGGUCACAACAACACGUUGAGAUUGGAGAUACCUUUCUACGGUAGAGUUGUUAUCGGAGACCUUGCGCUGCAGGAGCACGACAGUAGUGUCUUUAUAGGAGGUGUCGAUGCACCGCCUCAGGAGAGGUUGCUGGCUUUUAAAAACGACUAUAAAUUUCCGGUGGCUAUUUACGAUGUGUCGCUAGUUCGCGGCCCGGACACACCCAACUUUAUGGUGUCGUAUAAGGCUCGAGGGACAGUCAUUGGCAGGGGGGAAGUGGCAGUAGUUGCCGCGGUCGUCUAUAGUCGAGUGGCGGACACGCCAGUACAAGAUGUGAGCACGAUACUUAACAUAUACAGCAAUGCGUCUAUAGUUACGAGUGUCACUCUGGUAGGGUGCACGGGGCGACUUAUCAUGGCUGCGGCUGGGAACAAUACCGGCUAUGCCGUCGAAAGUACCAGAAGUCAUAGGAAUAACAAUGUGGACGACAUGCAAGGAAAAGAUUCAGUCGAACCCAGUGGUGGAAAGAAGCAUGACUCGUACUCGCUCAUGCUCUCGCGAUUAGUGGGCGCAGGCCGAAUCAGUAAUUUGAAGUUCAAUGUUUCAAAUUACAACGUUAAAUCCGCGGAGGCUACCGUGAAUUUGAUACACAAAGGCAUUGGAAGUAUACGCUUGUCGGUGAAUAGUAUCUCGAACGUGGAUCCAUAUGAACGAGCUGAUUUUAAUUUACAGCAAGUUUUGAGUCAAGUCUCACGGUCGCCGGAUUCGACGUCUGGCACGGACACGCCAAUGGAGGAAAGAGGAUUGCGAACAGGAGACAAGAUACACAUCCCACCCAUGCACCAUGUGGAGUUUAUACUCUCGAUGGAUGCGACGAAGCUGGUUGAAGGAGAGGCCAAAGGGAUCCUCAAGUUUAUCUACACCAUGGGCUACAUGACGGCUGUGCAUGGAAAGCUGCAGCUACCGUACUCGUUUACGAUUACUCCAGGUUCGUUGGAUCUACCUUACACGAGAUUCACGACGUCUGGAGCAGCGGACCUGCCGCCAGAAUUAGAGAAAAUUGGGAGCCAGGUGAUUCGAAUUGACGAAGUUUACGCGGGUGGUAUGAAUUCCUUUCCUGUAACUGUUUACAACAACUACACCCAAAAAGUUGGCGUAACCGGAGUCAGCUUGCCACCAACCAUUCCCUUUGUCAAAUUCAGACUGAACAAUGCGGGCGAACACAUGGAACCUAAGAGUAAACACGUUAUUGGUUACCUGGAUAUCACCCCUCUCCAGAAGUUCAAAUACAUGGUCAAUGCUGCGAAUUUCCUAACACCUGCACUACAGGAGGCGUGCUUCUCAGACGGUGUGGCGGCCGGUGACAAUGCACCAGGCAGCAGAACCAACUAUGAGAAAGAAGAGGGUGACGGAGAUUAUAUCAGUGACGGUGUUAUAGUGCAGCGAUACACGCCCAGCACACAGGCCUUGUGUCACGCGAAGAUCCGUGCUGCACUCGAGCUGCCGUUGCUGGAAGACUGCUGGCAAGCUCUGAUUGACAUGGACUGGCAAUGGACCAAUGUCCUGAACAAGAUGAAGUACGAAGGGUGGGUGGAUACAUUCAGCUACGAUACUGAUGUACAGAUCAACAAUACGGUGGACUAUACUCUCAGGCUAACCAGGCCGGAUCCACUCCCUGAAAAUCUGGUUACUUUUUUACCGAUUAUGAUUGGCUCCACUACUAUGAAAUCCAUUGAGAUUCACAACCCAGUGGAUACCCCAAUCGCGGUCAAAUUAUUCACGCCGCAGCAAGUCAAGGAUAGAGCACCUGAGCUGUACAAUCAUAUAUUGUUGCUCUACCCAGAAAUGAUGGCGGCUAUCGAGAAUUUCGUUCACUACAUAAUCAAGCCACCCGAGGACCCAAACUCUGACGAACUCACCUAUCAACGUUUGCACGCGAAGAGUGGCUCGUACUACACCGGUGAUACAGCGGCUGGUGGUGCGAGUGAGAAUGCAGGUGCCUCGGACCGACAGGCAGAAGAAGAUGAUUGGGAUAAUAAAUUUGCCAAUCAACUCGUACUGGGCGUGCGUGGCAGGGAUACGGGCCUAGUGAAGAUAACUUUCAAACCGAAAUUUGUAUGUCCCAUGUGCGAGGAUCGGGUGGCAGACGGUGAUCGUGUAGUGUAUAUCGACGACCAAAUACAAAUGGGAAUCUAUGAAGCCACAUUCCGGAGUCGUGUUCCGUCUUUCAUACUCGUGCACAACUCCUUGGGAGCUCUGACAAUCCUCAGACUCGAAGGGCAAGUCGCUGACGGUGAGCUGUCGAUUCCGUACCAGACUACCCGUUCGUCCAGUGAAAUGUUGUUUGAAUUGCCGGAGCUCGACGCUGAUGUUUGUGCAUCGCAUUUGGAGGCCUUCAAUUUGGAAUUCGGUACGAGUUUGGGCGAUGAAACAACGGGUGAUAUCUUGGGAGCGGAAGACUCAAAGUUUAGGAAUAUGGUUGAGUACCACACGCCAAUUGGAGGUGUGAAAGGAGAGAAGAAGGUUAAAAGAGUGCUCAAUAUGCUCCCAUUGGCUCGUAGUGUUCUUCUGUACAACACGGGAACUGUCGCCAUGGAAGUCCGUCAGUUGCGAGUUGUGGGGCGCAAUAGCGAAGCUUUUUCGCUGUCUCAUAGCGCUGUAUUGAAACCCCCUUUAGAUGGAGAUGGCACAGAGAAGGGUGAGGAAGGUGUGGACGAUGCGCCGACUGGCGGUUUCUUUGGAAUAAAGGGUGCGGCAGAACUAUGGGAUAAUGUACGUAGUGGACAUGGAAGUCGAAAGACUCACAUCGUGAUGGACAAGGCUAAGAUAAAGCCGAGAAACCCCGCUGAGGACGUCAGGGAUCCGGGCUUCCAGUUCGGUUAUGAUGACGUACCGCAGAGUAUGGAGGUGUACAAGAUCAUCUAUCCGGGUGAGUCGUUCGCUGUGGACAUCAUAUUCCACCCGAGUUUCGCCAAUAUGUCAAUUGAGAGUCAGUUGCAGAUCAUUUCACGCCUUGUCCCUCCAGAGGCGGAGGCACCCACAGAAGCAGUCUCGGAAUCAGCUUUUAUGGGUUUGUGGCCUAAUGGCCCCAAUCUUGGCCACACAGACCAUUCUUUCUAUCUUCAACUACACGGAGAAAUUUCUGAAAAAGUUUACAAGAGUUGCUCCUGGCUCGCGCGUGAAACAGCGGCACACAGGAGAAUCCGUAUUGGCGAGGGUGAUACAGUCUGGCAGGCAUUGUUGAAUAUGUGGGAAGACACGACGGAUGAUUGGUAUUUCGUGCGUACGGUGUCACUGGUGGCAAUGCCACUUGUUGUGUUAGCUCUUGUGUCGGUGUCUCAGCGCGACGGUUCGGUGGCGUACUUGAAUGGGAUAGCGAAUAGCGUAUGCACAUGGCUGCAGCACCAGAGGCAGGAGUAUGAUAGGCUGAUGAGUCAGUGUUACCCCGCCAAUAGCCGAGAAGGAUUCUCAUCCGACACCUCUCUCACCACCAACUCAACAGCGUCGUCGACGAGCUCUGCUUCGGCCUCGAGUGACGAGUACGAAUCAAACGAUGAUUUAAGUAUGGAUUCGUUCACAAGUGAUAUUAGCGAAAAAGGAAAGGGUAUCGAGAGCUUAUCGGCAGCUUCCUCGUCGGCCACUGGCACGGAGGAGCAGUGCAGCGCAGUGCCGAGUGACUCCAGCGGGACACAUAAGCAAGCCGACACCAAAUCUGCACCAACCACAAACUUUGAGGCACUGUUGAAGCCGGUGAGUAUAACUUCUUUCGCACAACCGAAGAACGAUAGCCCGAAGACGGGGAGCAACACCGACCAGAAUGUAUCAACCGGUGGCAAAAAAACCAAGAAAGGAGCAUCCAAUGUGGCAAGUGCACAAAAUAACACUUCUAUUAAGUCGAAACUGUCGAAGGCGAGUCCUCCUACACCACGCGUUGCUUCGAGCAAUUCAAAGCCAACCCCCGCCGUCAGUGGACACAACGGCAAGAUGAAGAAAAAGAAUAGUAUGCCACUACUUAACACCGUACCGCCUGAUGUUGCUAGUCCUCAGCGAAACAAGACGAGUAAUGGUAUCGCUAGUGGCACUGCAACAACUUCAAAGGGUAAACCGAGACGCCUGUCUGCAACAUUGUCGAAAUCCGAUAUGAACUCGGCCGGAUUGAUGGACGAUGGGAAGAAACAAGAUACAGGCAAAGCCAACGUAUCGAGAUCUAGUAGUAUACGCACGACUACUGGAAAUGGGUUGAGUGCUGAGAAUUCGUCUGAAGGUGGUGCUACUGGCCAUGCACCAAGUGAGAAGUCUGUAAGUAAGGCUGUAUCUGGCCCUGCGUUGAUGAGCGGUAAGGAUGAUAAGCAGCGGGAAGGCGCGGGAGGGAAGCAAUUGAAUCGCGAUGACACUACAGAUCGUGCGAAGCUAUCCAAUCGAGAUUCUGGUACGGGUGCCACCUUGAUAUCUCCCUGUCGAUCACCGAACCCGGCAAGCGCUGGUGUAUCGUGGGCCAAGGUGGUGAAGCCUCAGAUAAAAGCACAGCAAGGUUCAGCGGCGUCAGAACCAAAUUUAGUAGCCCAGCGCAUUACUCCGUUAACGUCGCCAUCACUGAAUGCUUUUAACAGUGCGGUGAGCGCGGGGUCGUUGAGGAACGUGUUUGCAAGUGUCAACAAUGGUGCGGCGCCGCCCGAGUCUCCGACUGGGGGAAUUGCCAGUAAGUAUGCGAACAGAAGUCAAUCCUCGCAAUUGAAUGAAACCAAGGAGAUGGGAAAGCGGAAUAGUAAGAAUAAUCGGCGAGAGAAGCAAGCACAGUUUGGGUCUGGAGCGCUUGCAGGUAACAAUCGUGGCAGUACAUCCAAUAUGUAUAUUACAGGCGAUGAGAGUGUCGGCAAUAGACGUGUACCACACAACACGCCAACAAAGGUUGAAGCGGAUACCAGCACAAUGGGUGGUAAGCGUAGCGCCAGUGGCGGUGUAAGAAUGAACGGAAAGGGUUGGAAGGACUCGCAUGUAGAUUUUGAAAGACAAUCUGUGCAUUCUGCUGCCAGCAGUGACAAUGGCUACCUCACACCGGAGCCGAGCCCGUUGAUCGCUGCUAGUGGCACUGCGAGUCUGACUGAGGCGAAUAGCGAGAACGAUAGAUAUAGAGACACGGACUAUAGCAGUCGUAUGGGGUCGAAUCAAGGGCCUGUGGGCGAAACAUCACCUCUGUAUGACUCGAUCGGGAGUAUCCCUAGCGGUACUAUAGGCGAAGAUUUGCGUGCGUUCGGUGGCGGCGAUGAGGCGGGAGAGUUUGUGGAUGGCGUGUAUGUAGUGGGCAGUACCACGUCAGCGCAGAAUCUGACGCACGCACGCACAGCUGUGACACCACAAAUACGAACGGAUGAGGAAUUAGAUAUAAAGGAUGAAAGGGGUGGACAGGGGCAGCCGCACCAUCUACAAUCGCACCGCUCGUAUCAAGCACCGGCGCCCGUACACGAGUAUCAAUUCCGGUCUGAGCCGCCGAACAAUCAGCAAUACAGCUCAGUAGAUGACCACGAGCGGAUUGUGCGACAGCGGAGUCAAACCCAUCAGCAACUGCAACUGCAACACCAACAACACCAACGGCAGCAUUCGUACCAGUACCAGUAUUCAAAUAACGCUGAGUCUAUGCCUGCACCAGAGAAUCGUGCACAAACCUACCAGCCCACACACACAUCGCCGCCUAUUGACGAGGAUGCGGUGUUGUCGCGAAUGGAAAGCACUACAGGUCUGUCGUACAACAAUUCACAUCAGCAAGGCGACGUACCCAGGUAUGCACGGGCGAGUAGGGAGGGCUCGUACUCGGGACAGCUAAGCCAGCCGAUAAACAGAGAUAGAUCCGGAUGGCCUACAGGUUUCAAGAACUCGGAGAACUAUCGCUCAGCUGCGGAUAAUGCAGAUGGACGUCUUCACCAACCGUUGACGGAUCCCUCGGGCAUAUCCCAGACCGUCGGUUAUGACCCUGCCUAUGCCAACGCAAAUGUGGGCUCGUCUUAUCAACAGACACGUCGAAGCAUGCAGUCACCUAAUCAGUUCGUUUCAGCACCAAACUACGCCCCAGCCUAUAGGUUGCAGAGCUCUGUGACUGCAAAUUCCGUCUCAUACGGUGGUUUGCUAGCAAACAGCGAUUCGGGUGAAGUCAGGCGGAAUGGGCCUGUUCCGGCGGCGAUUGGGGGCGAGCGGAGGAUGUCUAAGCGGAAUCAAUCGGACUCUUCAAUGUUUGAUAAUGGAAACGAAGUCCAAGCCGCGAGGAUUGGCACCCCUGGGGAUCGUCAGGGACAUCAGCAACAGAGCACCGAACAUAGGCAGAGCACAGAACAGAGUGAUCUCAACUCAUUCUUCAGUGGUUAUUCGCUUUGGAAUAGUAACGCCUUCAACACGGGACUCACAACAACCCCGAGCCAGGGCAGCGCAAUGGGUUUCAGCAGCAACAUGAACAACGUACUUCACGAAGGCACGCAGCUCCCACUUGACAUGCAAUCUGGAUCGAACUCGUACUCAAAGACUAGAUUAGAGUUCAACAGACACCACUCGUACUUGCCACAUGCUACCAAUUCGCACAGCUUGGUGGGCUCUGCUAAUGUUGCAGUGGGACGUCAUACGCCGCCACUCACAUUGACCGGUCACGAUGGCUCCAGCUGGUUAACCUCGACGGAUAGUGCUGAAUUGAGAUCAGGCUUGUCAGAAUCGAAUAGUCUUGUGCCCACGCAGCAAUUCUAUGGUAUCGCACAAUCGCCUCAUGCACCCUCGGCAGAGGACAUGCAAAACUCGUACUCGGGCCUACAAACGAGGUUCAACGAACAUCGACAGCUACCUUUUUACGGUGCCCAGCAUCUAGCAGAGGAUGCGAGCCGCACGGGUUCCGGUCUGAGUCUGGACCAAAGUAUAAGUUCUAGUAUAGGCAGUGUGAACAAAACAAGCAUGACAAGCGUAGGCAGCUCGGGUAUGAAAAUGGCCGGUAAUUACUUGCCAUCGUCGCGAACGGGUACGGUGUACUCGCCACAAUACGACGACACCGAUCAGUCCCCGCCAGACACUGUUGAUGACAGGAAUGCGAGUGAUGGCUCGCGCAGAAGCAGUGGUGAUCACCAGGACGUGACCUUCUCGUAUAUGUCAUUCUAGUCACCGGAACCGCGUAUUCUCCCAGUGUAUUUGAUAGUGUAUCCACUCUCUGUCGGCGCGAGGCGUACAAGCCCAUGCCGGAAGGACCGGUAGGGUGAAUGUGGACAAAUAGGCACGACUCUGAUUUCUCGAAUUUGAUAGUGUAUCCACUUUCUGUCGACGCGAGGCGUACAAGUCCAUGCCGGAAGGACCGGUAGGGUGAAUGUGGUCAAAUAGACACGGCUCUGAUUUCUCAAGCCAGGGCUGCUUUGAUAGCGUUGUAUUACUCCGAAAUAGUACACGUAUCAUAAUACUUUGAAAUUAAACACGUCGAUCUGACUUGCCUGCG